GAGCGGAAGUUCCAAAAUCAUGCCUUAGCUUGCAGAAAUAGAUGUUAAAACAGUGUUAAUAUCUGUUUACAGUGAUUUCCCGGAUACAUUUGGAGCUCAUCGUUUGAAGAACUUAACGAUUAACACUUUCCAAAAAUUAUCGGAAUGUUGUACUUUUCCACUUGUCAUGAAAUAGUCAAAUAAGUAACAUAGGCACACUAUGAAGUCAUUAUCUUCCCUGGGGUUUACUGUGUAGUGAAGAGGAUACAGCUGCUGACUUUACAGUAGGUGAACACUACUGAAGACAAACAUGGGGAACACAUCAUCGUCAGAUCUUGCCCUAGAUUUGCCAGUCAUCAUUAUUAUAUCUGUGAUUUGCUGGGUCGCCGUCAUUCUUAUCAUCCUCGGAAUUCGACAGAUGCUACUGUCGCGGGGCGUGUGUGAGGCAGGGUGUGGUUGUUCCCUGUGUGGGUCAGAAGAUUCCCCGCCCUGCUGCGACUGUUGUAUAGCGAUGUCCGAGUCAUGCAACUGUUGUAAUCCUUCUGUUGGGGGUUGCCUCGACAAGUGCUGUCCAAACAGAAGGUCCCUAAGCUGUGUGGAAAUUCUUCUUUGCCAGUGUUUUGGAUCCACAAAUUGUCUCACAAAUAAUCUAGUGAACCAGCCAGCUGACUCCUGUUCCUGCCUGACACAGCCCUGUUGUAAUGAUCCUUGUUGUGCCUCGCUGUGUGGACCAGCCUGUUGUAUGAUACAGAGUGACCCAGAUGCUGGGCCACUGUGUGGUGACUGUUGUAUUGAACCCUGGUGCUCCACCCCAAUCCCUGAUGAAAUGGAGGAAGAGGACAUGCCCAGGUGUAUCAACUUGGGCCUAGGCUUUAGCAGGAAGUUAGGGGCCUAUCAGUGCUUCUGUGUGACUUUUGGUGGGUCAUCCUUAGUGAGAAAUGUCCACGAACUUCGGAGGGCUUCGACAGCCUCUGGAAUUCAUAAGAUGCAGCCAGUGUCUUCCACAGUAGUAUAAGUCAGAUGAGUGGGUAACCUAUUCCUACAUUGAUGGUAUGUCCACAAGAAGAAUUAAUGAAUUAUGAACAUAAACAGUUCUAUUAAUGAAGACUUUGCCGUACAAAGCAACGUUUAUGUUUUUGUUGUUGUUGGUAAUCAAGUUUCAAAGUUAAAAAGCCAAUCCUGUAUCAAUUGUAAUUACAUUAUACCCAAUUAACUGUACUCCAUAUUUGGGUAUCUGUACUCCAUAUUUGGGUAUCUAGUCAUCUCACCCUACAAAUUUAGUAAAUUAUUGAACUCAGCUUUCCCGUACCACAGAGUUCUUUUGUAUAGGAUGUUCCUGAAUAAAUAGUAAGAUGAUUUUGGAAUCAUCCCGAAAAAUCAUGACUUUAUAUACUCUACAUAAAAUAACAAUCAAAGAGUUUGAAGUUAUUUUCUCACAAAAUUUGCAUUGUUUUCUAAAUGGUGCUUAUGUAAAUAUAUUGUAUCUUUACAUAUCCUACUGGGUGACUUCGGCAGUAUGUUUCAGUUAAGUAUCACUAAAAAGUCGGCAUCAGUUUCCGCGCUAUCACAAGGAGACAAAC